AACAUUCGCGCAUGCGUGAACCGAUCGUGUCUUUCCGUCCGGAUGGAGUCGUGACGUCGACAAAACAGGACAAUAAGAAAGCAAGAUGGCGUUCGACGGAGAGGACGUUAUUGUGUUAAUAAUACUUCUGCGUUUUUAAACAGCGCGUUCAUGUACAGAUAUAUGUUGUGUAUAGGAGUAAACAAUGUUAAUAUUCGUCUCAGGGCACUUUACUUGUGCUAGCUUAGCUUGAUGGUAUGGUUAGCUUAGCUUAGCUGGCUAGUUAGCUUAGCUUGUUAGCUACGCACAAGUGUUGUGAUUGUGUGAAAAUGUUCGCAAAAACGAUAGCAGAGUAUGAGGUGGAUUUUUGCCCAACAAGAGAGGAUAACGAGCGACAACAUCAACUACUUUUUAAGAAACGUCAAGUUGUGUCACGCAGAACAGGCAUGAUGGAGCGUCGUCGCCACGCGGUGACAUUGCUGGUUUUUACGAGCAGAAGAGCAUGUUCGGCAGCGCACGCACACAGAGUACUUACAAGCAGACACGAUGUCCAGCAGCACCCAGAUAUUAAAGAGGAGGAUUCACACCCCCCUCAUGUAAAAGAGGAAGAGGAGGAGUCACAGCCCGCCCACAUCAAAGAGGAAGAGGAUGAGGUCUGGAUCACUCAGGAGGAAGAGUGUCUUCUAGGACAGGAGGCAGCUGACCUGACCAUGGUCUCUGUGAAGACCGAAGACCAUGGCCACAAACCACCUGAGUCCUCCCAGCUUGGUCCCAGUCCAAAUUUUUGUGAAGAACAUCUUCUCUCUGAACAGCAAGAGCGCUUUCCCAGUGUGGAGCAGGUACAGCCCACUCAAAUUAAAAAGGAAGAGGAGGAGCCACAGCCCCUUUGGACGGUAGAGGAAAACGAUGUGCCUCAGCCCCCUGCGUUAAAGGGAACGACUCGCCACAGCCCCCACACAUUAAAAAUGAACAUCAACCACAGCCCUUACAUAUCAAAUAGGAAGAGGAGGAGCCACAACGGUGGAAGUGAGAAGGGAGAGGCGGAGCCUCCAACUCCACACAUAACAGAAGCUGAUGGAGACAACACAUUCUUAGCUCCACUAUCAGAUAGUGACGACAUAACGUCACACUCUAUUGACACUGAUGAUGAAGAAGAUGACACUGAUGAUGAUGAUGAUGAAGAUGAUGAUGAAGACUGUAAAGCUGACGACACACACUUGAAAUGUCCUCACUGUGACAAAACCUUCAAAUACCCCAGUGAUCUGAAAAGACACAUGAGAACACACACUGGAGAAAAACCUGUCACAUGCUCAGUUUGCUGUAAAAGAUUCUCCCAGAAGACAAGUUUGAUUUUACACAUGAGGCUACACACUGGGGAAAAACCCUUUUCCUGUACAACCUGCAAUAAAGGGUUUACUCAAAAAAGGGACCUGCAGGUGCACAUGAAGACACACACCGGAGAGAGGCCUUUCAUGUGCUCAAUGUGCAGUAAAAGUUUUUCCACAAAGGACAGUUUGAUAAAGCAUACGAGAACGCACACUGGGGAAAAACGUUUCUUAUGUUCCAUCUGCGGUAAAGGUUUUACUCAAAAUUGCGAUCUGAGGUCACACAUGAGAACACACACCGGGGAGAAACCAUUCAUGUGCUCAUUUUGCAGUCAGCGAUUCUCCGCAAAGGAAAGUUUGGUAAAACACACAAGGACGCACACCGGAGAAAAACCCUUUACCUGUUCAAGGUGCAACAAAAGCUUCGGUGACCGGACCACAUUUGUGGUGCACAUGAGAUCACACACGGGGGACCAACCGUUCUCGUGCUCAGUUUGUAACAAAAGAUUCUCCCAGAGAGCAAAUUUGAUCAAACACCAAAGAAUGCACGCCGGGGAAAAACCUUUUCUAUGUUCGGUCUGUGGCAAAGAUUUUGUCCAAAGUCAACAUCUGAAAAGACACAUGAAAGUCCAUACUGGGGACCAACCAUUCACGUGCUCAGUUUGUAAUAAAAGCUUCUCCGCCAAGGAAAGUUUAAAAGUACACAUGAGAAAACACACUGGAGAAAAACCUUUUAACUGUUCAGAUUGCAACAAAAGCUUUUUUCACCGAACAACCUUUGUAGUACACAUGAGGGCACACAAUGGAGAAAAACCUUUCAUGUGCUCAGUUUGCAGUAAAGGAUUCACCCAGAAAGCAAAUUUGAUCAAUCACACAAGAAUGCACACUGGGGAAAAACCUUUUAAAUGUUCGGUCUGUGGUAAAGGUUUUGUCCAAAGUCAACAUUUGAAAAGACACAUGAAUGUACACACAAGAGAGAAAGUGUUGAGUUGCAGUGUGUGUGAUGAAAGAUUCUCCUACAAGUACCAGUGUAAGAAACACAAGUGCGCUGGUGAGAACAGCAGCAGCAAAUGAAGCUGAAGAAAUUAAAGAAGUUGUCAAAACUUUAACUUUGAUUUACCGUGUGACAUCACUGUUGUGUACGUGUAACACAAUCUUGUGUCUAACAUUUGUAGAUGUUAUAGGUUCUAUUUCAGUCAAGUACAUGAAUUGAUAUACAACAUUGUGUACAUGUGUUAAUAAACAUUGAAAAAGUGUAAAGUGAA